CGAUUUUUUUCCCACCAGUAUAUAAACUAAAGUGAAAUAGGCUAACAAAAUAGUGAGCAUUUCUCCUGCAAUUGCGUAUUUGGAAUAAUACUUUCAAUCUGUAGAUCUUAAUCUUUGUUCAACAUGAAGCUAUUGUCGAGCUUUAGUAUUUUCGUGGUCUUGGCCACUUUCACAGCUCCAAUAUUUUCACACGCAGAUCGAUUCGAAGAACUAUUCGAAUCCGAAGCACCCAUCAAAGAAGUCUUCAUGGAACUAAUAAACACCAAUCCGGCAACAAACUACAUAUAUUUUCAACAAGUUCUACAACACGCGAACACCAAAAACGACAAACUAGCCCCGUAUGCAAAAAAGCUGAUAGAUGCCAGCCAAAAAAUUCUCGAUCAUUUGCUCAAUGAGGUCAACUAUCAAAAAAAGGUGGACAUAGUGAAAUUCGUCAAUUCCGCAUUCCAGUUGAUGACCACUUCAUCCAAUAAAAAUUCGGAGAUGAUGAAACUAAUGCAAAAGUUGAACGAAUACAUGGAGAAAACCUUCGAAGAUGCUUUGGAAGAAGCUAAGAAAAAUAUCAUGGAGAGAUUGUUAAGCGUCGUGGACGAUGGGUCUAAAACUAUUAAAAUCCAAGACGUUUCCGAAGCAAAAGAAUCUCCCAAAAAACCGAAUCCAAAACCGAAAAGAAGCAAAUCUUCUGCAACUGGAACUCAAAAAGAUUCCAACGCAUCCAGUCGGAAAUUACGUAGAAGUCAAAUAAGCAAAGUUCCUUCCAAUAAAGACGCGGAUGCUUGAAAAAAAUAUUGAUCAAUUUAUAAUUCAUGUAGGUAGGUACAUCUAUAGUAGCAAUCCAUUUGCUGUUUAUUGCUAAACCGAAUAAAUUGUGAUUCUGCAAAAAA